UAAAUAGGGGUCCUGACUCACAUGGGUGCGCGACGGGAAUACGCGUCGGCCACAACACGUUUUACGGAACACACAGCGCGUCAGAGCCAAACACGGUCGCGGCGUUUCAACCAUCAGUAGCCUUCAACAUAAAAAUCCACGACGUUCCGCAGGUUUUCCUCCCGGCUGGUUUGGUGUUGCGAUAUGGGGAAAAGAAGCAGACAGAGGCAGAAAAACCAGCCUGCUCGGCGGGAUAGAGACAGCGCUGGCUGGGGAGCAGGCUAUGUUGACAUCGUGAAAGAGAACAAGCUAUUUGAAAAAUAUUACAAGGAGCAGGGUCUGGUGCCCGAGGGGGAGUUUGAGCAGUUUAUGGACGCAAUGAGGGAACCGCUGCCAGCAACCAUUCGCAUCACUGGAUACAAGAGCCAUGCCAGAGAGAUCCUCAAUUGUCUGAAGGAGAAGUACUUCAAAGAGAUUCAGGAGUUGGAGAUUGAUGGCCAGAAGAUCGAGGCUCCCCAGCCGCUUAGCUGGUAUCCUGAUGAGCUGGCCUGGCACACCAACAUGAGCAGAAAGAUUAUCAGGAAAUCGCCCCUGCUAGAGAAGUUCCACCAGUUCCUGAUCAGCGAGACAGAGUCGGGUAACAUCAGUCGUCAGGAGGCCGUCAGCAUGAUUCCUCCGCUCCUACUGAAGAUCGAACCUCACCACAAGAUCCUGGACAUGUGUGCGGCUCCAGGGUCGAAGACGGCCCAGCUGAUUGAGAUGCUUCAUGCUGACAUGGACAUGACAUUCCCAGAGGGAUUUGUGAUCGCUAAUGACGUGGAUAACAAGCGCUGCUACCUGCUGGUGCACCAGGCCAAACGUCUCAGCAGCCCCUGUAUCAUGGUGGUCAACCACGACGCCUCCUGCAUUCCCACGCUCCAGAUAGACGCAAACAACAAGAAGGACGCCCUGUUCUACGACCGCAUCCUCUGUGAUGUGCCAUGCAGCGGAGACGGCACCAUGCGGAAGAACAUAGACGUGUGGAAGAAAUGGACCACCAGCAACAGCCUGCACCUUCACGGGCUCCAGCUGCGUAUUGCGGUGCGUGGUGUUGAACAGUUGGCAGUGGGAGGGCGAAUGGUGUACUCCACCUGUUCUCUCAACCCUAUAGAGGACGAAGCCGUCAUUGCAGCGCUGCUGGAGAAGAGCGAAGGGGCUCUAGAGCUGGCGGAUGGCUCAGCUGAACUGCCAGGGCUGAAGUGGAUGCCUGGGGUCAACUCCUGGAAGCUGAUGACGAAGGAGGGCCAGUGGUACGCAGACUGGUCUGAGGUGCCGUCCAAUCGCCACACACAGAUCCGGCCCACCAUGUUCCCUCCAAAAGAUCCCCAAAAACUAGCCAGCUUACACCUGGAGAGAUGUAUGAGGAUUCUGCCACAUCACCAGAACACCGGAGGCUUCUUUGUAGCUGUCCUGGUGAAGAAAGCACCCAUGCCUUGGAACAAAAGAUACCCCAAGCUGAGGAAGGAGAACCCCUCCAGUUCCGCAGCCCGCGAAGGGGAGUCUCCAGCAGGCGCGACUCCCUCUGAUAACCCCCUCCCCGAGAUGGCUCCGGAGGAGGCGGAGACGAAGAAAGGAGAGGUGGAGGGGGAGAGGGAAGAAGAGGCAGCUAAAGCGGAGAAGGCCCAAGAGACGGCCGCUAAGCCGGAUGGAGUGUGUGGACCCCCACCCUCUAAGAAGAUGAGGUUAUUUGGCUUUAAGGAAGACCCCUUUGUGUUUCUCAAUGAAAAUGACGCCGUCUUCCAACCCAUACAAACCUUCUAUGACCUUUCUCCAGACUUCCCCAAGCUUAACGUUCUGACCAGGACCCACGAGGGCAAGAAGAGGCACUUGUAUAUGGUUUCCAAAGAGCUCCGCAACGUCCUCCUCAAUAACAGCGAACGCAUGAAGGUCAUCAACACAGGAGUGAAGGUGUGGUCUCGCAACAGUGAUGGAGAGGAAUUUGGCUGUGCCUUCCGACUGGCUCAGGAGGGUAUCUACAGUCUGCACCCAUACAUCCGUUCCAGGGUGAUCACGGUGGGUAUGGAGGACGUCAAAGUGCUCCUGACCCAGGAGAACCCCUUCCUCAGCAAGCUACAGGAUGAUGCUCACGCUCAGGCCAAGAAAAUGGGGAUGGGCAGCAUUGUCCUGAGGUACCAGCCAAACCCAAACAACCCAGCAGAGCCCCAGUGCCCCAUCGAGCUGUGCGGCUGGAGGGGGAAGACGUCCAUCCGCGCCUUCGUCCCACGCAACGAGAGGUUCCACUACCUCCGCAUGCUGGGCGUGGAGGUCUUCAGAGAAAAACCGGGGCUGAGCCAGGGGCGGAGGGAGGGAGAGAAGGAGGGAAAGGAGGAGGACACGGAGGAGAAGGAAGAAGAAACUGAAGCGGCACCGGAACGGAACGAGCCAGACAUGGAGAACAGUGAUCCGGACGGCUCUGUCGAACCAAAGGCCAACAGUGGGAAACAAGCACCCAGCACCUGAGACCGGAGAGGGGUGGGAACACGGAGCGUGACGGGCAGACGGGCUGAAGCGGAGAGCUGUAAGUGCUUAAGCAGUGUCAACGCCGCCAGGGCAAGACCAAAUUCAUGGUAGAGGGGGGAGUUGUGCGUUGUUGCUCGUGGUGGGUCGCUGUUUCCCCACUCCCACAGCAGACAGAGCAUCCAACACGGACUCCUCUGCUGUUCUUUUUCAGUUUUCAGCCCCAGGAGUUGACGCCCUAGUUAAGUGGCUUGUUUUAUAAUACAAUGUUUGUUUCUGUUUUGUUUUUUUUAUCUUAGUUUUAUUUUAACAAAAUUACUCCACUGUCAGAAGUGGCCAAAUGCGUCUCUUUAUAUCAUGCAUGGUUGAAAAGAUUUUUAUGGGCCUCCAUCUCCGUUUUGUACGGCUUCAGUCAACAGGAAAUAUGGAGUCGAUUAAAAGUGGUAAAUACGU